AUGUUGUCCUUGGUCAAAGACGAGAAAGGAACGAAAGAUGAAAGACGGGGUAACAAAAUUAAAAUAUUUAAACUUGCCGCAAAAGCAGAUAAGUUUGGAAAAGAUAAAUUCAAUCGAUAUUUCUGUUUUGGAUUUGGACUACAUCUACCAUCAAUUCGGGAAAGAAGUAGGCACAUUUAUCAAAUUCAGGGGCCUGAGGGAGUUAUAAUGUUGAUUCCUUUCCUUUACCACAAACCGCCAAAGUCACCCAACUUUUUGUUCGCUAUUUCCACCACCAUGUUUCCGUUCAAUAUCUCCGUGGUCGAACUUAGUGUUUCAUCAAUAUUUGAUGAAAGCUCAUUUCAAAAUCUGCCAAUUCCUACGUGA